AUGGGCUCAAUGCCCGAAGGACGUAAGUGCGUGACGUGUAUAGGGGAGCCGAUUGACGAGGUGAAGAGGUGCAUAUUGGGUAAGCACUCGAGGAUUUUGUCUCGUUUGCUUAGCCCAUUGGAGGUUAUGCAUAUCAUGAAGGCCGAGAAGGAGUGUGCGGCCAAUCAGCUCCUGCCGGAGCAGUUGAUUGUGAACGGGUAUCCUUUGAAGACGGAGGAGAUGGCGGAGCUUUUCGAGUGCCCUUUGCCGCCUAGGAAGUUGAAGCUAGGCACGUAUUGGUAUGAUAAGGAAUCAGGUCUUUGGGGAACGGAGGGAGAGAAGCCUGAUAGAAUUAUUAGUUCGAAUUUGAAUUUUACGGGUAAACUAAGCCCGAGUGCGAGCAAUGGGAAUACUGAGGUGUACAUGAAUGGUCGAGAAAUUACGAAGCUUGAGCUGAGAAUACUGAAGGCCAAGUUUUUGUACGGGAGCAAGUUUACCCCUGAGGAACGACAGGAUAUGAAACUCAUGAUCCAGAGCAAUAUGUACAAGUAUCUCAGUAUCCUGCUUGAUGCUCGAGAACGUUUUGAGGAGGAAGAUUUAUUAGAGAGAAGAAGGCAAGCUUCUGACGAAGAAGCUGCUGAAGCAGCAGCAACACGCGAAUAUGCCCCGCUUGUUGAGGAAGUAUGGAAAGAUCCUGCUAUUCAGGAGACUUAUAAGAGAAAGAAUGAACUCCACUUUCUUCCAGACGUAACCGAGUACUUCUUGAGCAGGGCAGUUGAAAUAUCGAGCAACGAGUAUGAACCUUCAGACAAAGAUAUACUGUUUGCUGAAGGGGUGACUCAAGGUAAUGGGCUUGCUUUUAUGGAGUUCUCAUUGGACGAUCGAAGCCCAAUGUUAGAAACUUACACAGAAAUAUGGAAUCUGGGCCCCCACCUCUCACCAAGUAAGUUUUCCUUGCCAGAAAGAAAUAUUGUCGGCUCCAAAGGAAAAAUUUCAACUCUUGAAAUUGGAUAUGGAAAUUAUGGUUUAGUUUAG